CGGACGGCCACACUGCUAUCGUGUUUUACUUCUUAUUGGAAACGGUUGCUGAAAGGUUACAAAAAAUGGCGAAGAGUGUCGGUAGUGCGUGCGCUCAGAUUGCGGUCCUUUUAGCCGUAUGCAGUUCGCUACACGGCGCGACGGCCAGGUUGAAUGCAGAGAGUUACGACACCUUUGAUACAGCGCUUCCCUACCUCAAACCCGAACCCCAUGUGGUGCCUCUGGCCACGGAUCAGUUGCAUCAACGUCAAAGGCGAGCCGCUCCAGCGGAUGUUCAGCCGCCACCAGUCAGUAACAGUCAAUAUCAGAGCGUGAAUUCAAAUGCUAGUGUGGCUGCAGUGGCAGCCGGAGCUGGAGCUGCUGUGGUGACCACGGUGGAUAGCAAGGCAACGGCGGCGGCAGGCGGUAGUGUCUCCUAUAAUGUGCACAAUGUUGGAGUCAAUGGCACCGGACAGCGUAAGGAUGUCGAGGGUGGAGCUGCUGCUCCUGGCCUUAGUCCCGCCAUUAACUACAAGAAGCCAACUCAACUAAUGGCCGCCCAGUCCAAUGGCUAUCCCAAAAAGGUGGCACCCAGCUCGGCAGCUGCUGCUAUCCCGCAAACACCCAGCAGCAGCACGGCAGCACCCAUCGACGUGGAUGUGUCUGGGGUGGAUAUACCCGAUGACGAUAUCGAAAGCAAUGUUAAGAAUGAGUCGCUGGUGCGCAGCGAGGAUUUCCACGACUAUUACAACAGUGUUCUCUAUGUGAGCGCUGAGGAGGCCAAGGCUUUGUGGUCGCAGCUGAAGAACACGCCCGAGAAUCAAAUGCUUUCCUCCUCGCAUCGUCGUGCCAUGACCGUUGAGCUGAACUUUGAUUUUCCCUUCUACGGUCACUAUGUAAGGAAUAUCACAGUGGCCACCGGUGGCUUCCUCUACACUGGCGAAUAUGUGCACUCCUGGCUGGCGGCCACUCAGUAUAUUGCCCCGCUAAUGGCCAACUUUGACACAAGCAUUUCUAAUGAUUCGUUUGUUCGUGUGCAGGACAAUGGCACCGCUUUUACCGCCGUUUGGGAGAAUGUUACGCUGCAGGAUAAGCCCGAGUUUGGCAAGUUUACAUUUAGCGUGACGCUGCACCAAAGCGGUGAUAUUGUCUUUGGCUACUUCCGUGUGCCCACGCUUAUCAAUUCCAUCCAGGAUCACCAGCAUCCGGUCAAGGUGGGACUCUCCGAUGCCUAUAUAAUCGACAAGCAUCUAUAUUUUGCCCGCCGAAAGACCAUUUAUGAGUACCACCGCGUCUCCGUCCAGCAGCAGGAGAUCACCAAUUCCACCAUCAUCAAGCUGACUGCACAGCCCACCUGUCUGGGCUACAAUGACUGCCAGUCGUGUUUGAACCACAAUACGACAUUUACGUGCCUCUGGUGUCCGGCGCUGAGUCGCUGCUCCACGGGCACCGAUCGCAAGAAGCACGAGUGGAUGACCAAGGGUUGCGAAACUGCCGCCCUUCGUAAUGCCACAACCUGUCCGGCGCUCGGGGAGAAGGGCAACAAUGCUGCUGCCCAGGAAAAGAACGGGGCCGGAACACCGGGUGGCAGCAGCACAAAUGGAGCUGGAAAUGCAACAAAUCCCUCUACGGCGGCUACCGGCAGUCCGAUGGCAACGGAGCCCACAGUGAUUAGCACGCGGGCGCCACAGGCCAAUGCUGGCCAGUCUAAGUCCGAGAAUGCUGCCAUCGCCGGUGGUGGCAUUGGUGAUGGUGGCCAUACGGACGGCAAGGUUGGCGGCAAUGCCGAAUUGUCGCAGGCGGGAGCGGAUAACAAAAGCGUAGGCGUGGCCUUUGGCUUCAUGGUGCCCAUUUGCUUGGUGUUCGCCGUGACGCUGUGGCUCUUCUAUGCGUACCGAAAUCCGCACACGAAGAGUGGCCAGCUGCUCAUCCAGUUCCGUCCCAGCCAGUGGUCUUGGCGACGUGGCGAGGCUCGCUACACGGCGGCCACGAUACACAUGUAGGCGGAGAUGAUAGCCGGAGAUGUUGAGGGGUAGAGAGAUCGCUAGAGAACGUGGCAAGCAAGGACAACAAGAACAACCACAACCAACCAACCAACCAAUCAAUGUUAACCCAUCAAAAAACCCCUGGAUAUACAGCAGAGAGUCAGCGUCAUUGGCAAAAGCAAAGUGGAAAGUGGAGCAAAGGAAAUGAAAGGAAAGGAAAGGAAAGGGAACAGGAAACAGCAAAGGCAAAAUAUAUAAUUCAACUUAACCCAAAGCAAGCGACCGUUUCAUUCUAUUAAAGAAAAGAUAUAUAUGCCAGAAGGAUAUCUAACUGCACUGUGAUCCAUGUGUUCCAAUUUCCAUAACAUAUCCCCCCAGAGUCCUCCGAAAAAAAAGAAGAACCCAAUUGCUCAAAAAGACGACUGGCAACAGCAUGAAGUGAUCUUUUUAAAUUUAUCUUUUUAAUGUUUAUUUUUUUUAACCGAAGCCCCCAAAUUCCAAGCAAAGAAAUCUGAAGAAUCCGAAGAAGAAGUUGCCCCUCUGAUGACAAUGCUCAGACCAAUGGCCACGCACACACACGAGACACUUGCACACACACAUACACAAUACACAACACAGAGGCCUAUGCAAAGGGAUUUUUUUAGGUUUCCUCUUAAAAUUCCCAAGUGCUUUUAUCAGGGGGAAAUUUUCUCAAAGAAAUCCUGCAUAUGCCACACACACACACACACUCAACACACACACACACGCUCAAUUAGUACACAGGGCAAAGUGCUUUUCAAUUGUUUCAUAGUUCAAUUUUGUUUAGUUUUCUUUUUUUAAUUAUUUUACUCCGUUUUUUAACCCACUUUAACCACAAGCUAGAGAAAGAUGGAGAGCGAGAGGGGAGCUGGAGAGAGAGAGAGAGACAGAUAGAUAGAGGGCUGUAUAUUUAUAUUUGUGUUGGUGUUCUCCUACUCCCCCCCAACCCCAAUUCUGUAUAAUUUUGUACGUUUCUUCGUUUGUUUUUUUUUUUUGUAAGUGUUGUGCGUAGCUUGGCAGGCAAAUUAAUGGGACAAAUGUACAGCUGCGAGAGAGCGCAGUGUUUUUUUUCAUACUGUAUUAUACGCGAUUUGUAUGCAAGUUUUAUGUAUGUGUGUGUAUAUGCCCCCCACCACCACUUUAUAUAUAUACUAUAUACACGCAGACAUGUGGGGAAAUAUCCAAGACAAACCUCUUCUCUUUGUUAGUAUUUUUUUCUAUUAAUUAAUAUUACAAAUGAAAAACAAGAAAUAUAUAUACAUAUAUAUCUAAAUGAGUAAAAACAAAAGAAAAACUAUAACUAAAUGCGGUGUGCAAAGCUAAAAACUAAAAACUAAAAACCAUAAAUCACUAAGUUCGGGCAGCGAGAAGACAUUAGCAGUGAAGGCGAAAGUGAGAAAGUAAAUUAAUAUAUGAAUAUUAGCGGUACCAAUAAAUAUAAAAAAAAAAUCAAACAGAUUAAACUUGAACGAAAAUGAGAAACAAAAGAAAUAAAAACUCCAGCAUGCAUGCAAGCGACAACAACUAAGGAAAUUGUAUAACAAUGUAUUUUGAUAAAGAAAUUAAACUUGUAUUUUAAGCUCUCCUUAUGUAUACAUGAUAAUUUAAAUAAAAACAAGACAAAAAAAAAAAA